AUUUCACUUGAAAUUUUAAACUGACAUAUCCUACUUAUCGCCUUAUUUACGUUAUUGAAGGAUGUAUUUUAUUUGUUUUCUCUCCGAAGUUUUAUUCCUUUUUCCAGGUACACAUAUGUCGCAAUAUGGUGGAGAAAUGGAAACAGACAAUGCUGGCUUGUCGAAAGUAGAGGCUGAGGCUCCCGCUGAAGAGAAAUACCCGAGAAAUAAACGGGAAUUAUCCCCACAUUGGGGUGGCGUUUGCCGAAUUGGGGCAUCAUCGAAACCACUGCAAUUGAUCCAGCCAAGUACAAAAAUUACUAAAUACAAAGACAUCAAAUUAACGAAUUACAACGAGGUGUACAACUUGACCUUGUCUAAUAGAGGCGAAGGAGACUUUUCUGAAGACCUUAACAUAACAAUAUCGGGAGGGCCAAUGAAAAAUGUUUAUGUGUUAGCUCAGGUAACCUGGCACUGGGGUGAAGCCGAGCAUGCUAUUGGGAACGAGAAUGCUAUCAUCGAAAUGCAUCUGCUACACAGGAACCGGAAAUAUGGCAACUUCAAUGAAGCUGCCAACCAUCGAAGUGGAUUCGUUGUUCUCAUUGCCUUGUAUCGCAAUGUUGAUGUGGACAACGAAGUCCUGUUGGAACUUUUCGAAUCAAUAAACGAAGUCAAAGAGCCCGGAACUGAGGUAGACGUCGAAAAAACGAUAAUGUUGCGGGACUUAUUACCACGAAAUAUCCGAGAUUAUUACUACUAUAAGGGAUUUCUAACGGAUCCACCAUGCUCAGAAUCGGUUUUACAAAUUGUUUUCGCAGAACAGUUGCAGUGUUCCGAUCAGGAUAUACAAAAGUUCCAUCAUUUGAAAACGAAUAAGAAGAGACGGAGGCUAGUAAUACAACAUCAGGACAUUGGCCGACGACGAGUUUACCACAGCUUUCGUGAAAAGACUCAUAUAAGCGGGGCACAACGGGACUUGACGCAAUAUUUUUUAAUUCUGUUUUACUCAGUAUCCGUCUGUUUGGAACAAUUAACUAGACUAGACUGA